UGUGCCGGAAGUGGCUGCUGGCCGAGCGGGCCGGCGUCUGGACUUGCGGGCAGCUGCCUGGCCGAGAUUGCGAGCGGGGGGCGUUGCAGGCGCGGCCACCCCUCGAGUCCGGCUAGGCCUCGGGCCUUUGGCGUCCGCCUCCGAGGAAGAUGCUCCCUUUGUCCAUCAAGGACGAUGAGUACAAGCCGCCCAAAUUCAAUCUGUUCCGGAAGGUGUCGGGGUGGUUCAGGUCCAUCCUGUCAGACAAGACCUCAAGAAACCUCUUCUUUUUCCUUUGCCUCAACCUCUCCUUUGCUUUCGUGGAGCUGCUAUAUGGCAUCUGGAGCAACAGUUUAGGUUUAAUAUCAGAUUCAUUUCACAUGUUUUUUGACUGUACUGCUCUGUUAGCUGGACUGGCAGCUUCUGUUAUUUCCAAGUGGAGAUCAAACGAUGCUUUUUCUUAUGGGUAUGUUCGAGCAGAAGUCCUAGCUGGUUUUGUAAAUGGUCUCUUUCUUAUCUUCACAGCGUUCUUCAUUUUCUCUGAAGGUGUUGAGAGAGCUCUUGAGCCUCCUGAUGUGCAUCAUGAAAGACUUCUUCCUGUUUCCGUACUUGGUUUCCUCGUAAACCUUAUAGGAAUUUUUGUGUUUCAGCAUGGCGGACAUGGUCACUCUCACGGCUCUGGGCAUGAGCAUAGCCAUUCACUGUUCAAUGGAAGUCUCAGUCAUGGACACAGCCAUGGGGGACACGGUCACAGUCAUGAUUCCAAGCACGAUCGUGGACACGGCCAUUCCCACGACCACAGCCAAGGGCACGGAUGCUCUCAGAGUAAGGACUAUUGUCACAAUGAUCACCCAGUUGAUAUGUCUGCAGGGUCCAGCAAACAGAUUUUAGAAGGUGUAUUUUUACACAUUGUUGCUGAUACACUUGGAAGUAUUGGGGUAAUUAUAUCGGCACUACUGAUGCAGAACUAUGGCCUCAUGAUAGCUGACCCUGUCUGCUCCAUGCUGAUAGCCCUGCUUAUAGGAGUAAGUGUUGUCCCACUUUUAAGAGAAUCCAUUGGAAUUUUGAUGCAGCGAACACCUCCUUCCCUGGAAAGUGCUCUGCCUCAGUGCUAUCAAAGGGUUCAGCAGUUGCAAGGAGUUUAUAGUUUACAUGAUCCUCAUUUUUGGACCCUUUGUACUGAUGUUUACAUAGGGACUUUAAAACUGUUUGUUGCUCCAGAUGCCGAUGCAAAGUGGAUUCUAAGCCAAACUCACAACAUUUUUACUCAGGCUGGAGUAAGACAACUCUAUGUACAGAUUGAAUUUGCCGCUAUGUAGUACAAAUCUUACUGUUCUCUUUGGACCAAAGCUUUCUAGUACUGAUGAUUUAAGACAUCAUACUUUCAUUGGAACAGAGACCCCUUCUUCUCCACGUUUCUCCAAAAGCCAAUAGAGACUACCAACUUUUGGCUACAUACAGAAAAUAAAUGGAAAGGGUAUGGACCUGGAUCUUCAUGAGCCCCAAACUUUUGUGGAUUAUUUGCUGAGUUCCAGCAACAGACUUAAUAAUGUGGUAUUGUAAUAAUUUGUUAUGCUUUUUUCAAAGCUGUGGAAGUUAGUGCUCAAUCCCACAAAGCCAGGGUUGUCAUGGGGAAGGAGGCUAAAGAAAAUCUUAUUUUGUUCAUAUGUCACAGUGGUGGUUGACAUUCUGCAACCUAACUAUACGUUAAGACUGUUUGUACUUUUGCAAACUUAAUGAACCAAACCAUAUUGGGUUUUUAGUGCCUUUCUAUCAAAAUAUCUGCCAGCACAGAUAUGGAACAUUGGAGAAUUUUUAUUAAUUUUUAUGGCUACUACGUGUACCCAAUAGAAUUCUUGCUUGUGAUUGGUGUGAUUUAUGUGUAAUUGCAUAGCAGUUGAUAUUCGAACUUCUUACCUAUUACAUUUUAAACUUCUAUGGAGGUUACUCGUCAUUUUUAUAAUACAAAGGUAAAAUGAUUUCAAGAAGUUUGUUUACAAAGUGCUUGACUACCAUGAAGUAUGACCAGACUGAUAGUGCCUCGGCUCUCUAACAGUAAUUUAAAAGUACUGUAUAUGGUCAUUACGCUAGAGGAAAACCUUCAGGAAUGUGAUGCCAUCACUUGGUCUUUUCCAUUUUUCUUCUUUCAUAUUCAGACUUCUUAAUGUGCAUAUGCCUUGCAGUAAAGAUUAUUCGAUGACAUCCUAUUUUUUAUGGCACAUUUGCUUUGUAUAUGUCACUUCGUCCUCGUUUUGUUGGCUGAGGAGAUGGUGCUAUGUCUGGCAGACUUAAUUGGAGAAUAAAGAUUUUCUAUAUGCAGGCCAAUAUAUGAACUGAAAUUUGGCUUCCAAUUCCAUGUUUGUACUUAGUAUUAGCAAGCACUUCAGUUUUAAAGAGCCUAUAAAUAUUUAGCCCAAGAAACUCCACCAGCCUCUAUCUGCAGCACAGCCCAUAGUUUGUGUUUAUUAUCAUGGAACAUAAUUGGUUUUACUGAAUCAUACCCUGUAUAUUUUGAAGUUUGUUACAGGUGAAUUUAAAAUCAGCCACAGGUUAUCCAGCAAAACCAUAUGACCCUUAACACUAGGCAUGUCUUUCAAUAAGUUGUUUAAUGCUUCAAUCAACAUCUGCUCAAAGCUGCCAUCUUUUAUGCUUUGUCUUAAUGUUGAGGUUUCUUUUAAACUUUACAGAACUUCCAUAAUAGAUAUUCUUCCAUGGGUUUACCCUUUGAUGCCAAUGUAAUAUUUAAAGGCCCAUUGGGGCCUGUCACAUGAAUCAUGGCCAUGGAAUGCGGGCUGUGUUGGUAGUGGAACAUUUAAAGGGUAACUCUGACACUGAACAACAAGGCUCCCGUGAAUGGUUUUCUUUGUAUCUGAUGUUGGUAAAACUGGAAUGUGUGCUAGGAAGCACUUUUUACUAAAUGGACAGCUGAGAAGAAUUAAAGAAAUAGAAAUCACUCCCCUGAUUUUUCAGAAGGCUGUGCAGUUACAUGGAGUAAUCAAGACAAGGUUGCUUAAGAAAAAAUGAACUUGCUGCUUGAUAGUUGUUUCUCCAAAAUGCAUACAUUGCAACGGUGUAAGUUUAAUUCCAUCUUAGGUAUUUCUAAUGCCAGCAUUAGAAAGUUUGCUAGUGUCUAAUGUGGCAGUUCUAGGAGAAUAAAGCACCCUUAUAAACUCAUGUUAACACAUUUUGAUCUUAACUAAUCUUUUAUGGGCCAUUUAAUUGCUAGUUGUGCUUUAUUUGCUGCUAAUUUACCAAGACACAAACUGUAGUUCAAGUUUCAGAGAUAAAUCUUGGCCCAUUAUUUUUCUACAUUCCUUUUCAUACAUAAAUUAUUAUUUUCCUUUGAGAGAUAAACAUGUUUUCCUGCAGAGAUUUCUCUAUGUGAUGUGCCAUGUAACUGCCCACCUGAUGUAGGCACUGUGCCAAAUGUCUGUGCCACACUUCAGGCAUGACCUAAUAAACUCCUAUUGUCUUUACGGAAAUGAUCUACCUGCAGGAGGAACAUAGUAAUUUGUGAAAUGGCUGUCAGCCAUUAAAAAGUUUUAAAAGGUUGCCCAUUUGUCCAGCUCAGCACCUAGUGUGACAGUGUGGUCAGAUGAAGUUUUCCAGCACCUGUGAGUGCAUGCUAAAUUACUGGGUGUGGCUGCUUAAGUCUCCUUUCAGUGUUCUCAAUUUGCUUAUGGACUUUCUGCAAGGAAUUGUCUUUAUUGCUGCUGACUUUUCUUAGCCCUGGCACAUACCAAUACUCUACCAAACAUGCAGCUUUAAAAUUUGCAUUUAUCUGUCUUUGAAGGCAGAUUACUGUACUGCAUUGCUUUGGUACAACCCAUAUUCCAGUGCAGCAAAUUUAUUACCCAGUAAACAAAAUGGGCAGGUUCAUCUCUAUCACAAUACAAGCUAUUCAAUUUAGCGGAAUAAGACUUAGAAAGAAGACAAAGUAUCUCCCCAUCUAGUAACACAAAGGACUGGGCAUUCUCUUUUUUCCAAAGUCAGUGAAAAGUUUUUUGAGAUUUCUACAUUUUCCUUACUUCAGCAACUUAUCAUUGGAGAUGGGGGGGCUUAGACGUGUUAACUUUACAUCUGAAAUUGUGACAAUACUGGUGAGUGAAUAAUGUGAAUGUUAAGGCUUGUUUUUGAUCACUGUAAUGUAUUUCUUAUGCAUUAAAGAGAGUAUAGUUGUAAAUA